AUGUUCAAUGUUGACCAUCCAGCGAAACUCGUGCGAGUGAACCAGAAACAUGGCCCAGGACUUAUCAUUCUUGCUUUGAUUCCAAUCAUAUCUUUCGCACUUGGAUCGUGGCAAGUACAGCGUUUAGACAGGAAAACCAAGAUUAUCGCCAAAUUCGAGGACCGUCUGGUCCGUCCUCCUCUUCCGCUUCCGCCCCGAAUCGACCCAGACGCGAUUUCUGAAUUCGAUUAUCGUCGUGUGUAUGCUACAGGAAUAUUGCGACAUGAUAAGGAGAUGCUUAUUGGACCUCGCAUGUGGGAAGGGGAAGAUGGCUUCAUGGUUGUAACUCCGCUUGAGCGCCCAGAUGGCCAGAGCACAGUGCUCGUGAAUCGAGGUUGGAUUUCAAAGAAGAUGAUGGAUCAAAAGGAUCGUAUUCUCGGGUUGCCUCAAGGCGAGAUCACUGUGGAGGGCUUACUACGCGAGCCAUGGAAAAAAAACAUGUUUACACCAGAGAAUCAACCUCAACAGGGGAAAUUCUACUUUCCGGAUAUUGAACAAAUGGCUGAGCUGAGUGGAAGCCAGCCAGUAUGGAUUGAGAGCACUAUGAUGCCUGAUCUCCUUGAGUCAUAUGACCGCCAAGCGAAAGGGAUUCCAAUUGGUCGUGCUGCAGAGGUCAACUUGAGAAAUAAUCAUGCCCAGUACAUCUUCACUUGGUACGGCCUUUCUUUAGCCACAUCUGUCAUGCUGUGGAUGCUUGUGCGCAAAAAGCCCAAUGAGGCUAUGCGUCGGGUCCGUCAGAACAGAAACUGGUAG